UGUGCUGUUCCUCCUAUUCACCUCUUCAGCGUGCCCACUGCCGAUCUUUCGCUGACGCAUCUUCUUUUUCUUUUCUGCCCCUUUUUAUACCUCGUUUAUUAAAUACAACAGCGAACCCACAGAUGCUCAACGGAGGCCUCCUACAUCUCAGUGCGUAAUGGCCGAGCAAAUCUCCACUCCAGGGUCCGCCGCCGACUCCUCCAUCUCCAAACCUGCAGCCAACCCCAACAACGCCCCUAAGGACAGGUCGUGUCCCUUCUGCCAGCAGCCCUUCACCUCCUCAUCUCUCGGCCGACAUCUCGACCUUUACAUCAAAGAGAAGAACCCCAAACCUGCAGAUGGCGUCCACGAUGUCGACGAGAUCCGAAAGAUGCGCGGCACCAUCACGCGCCGACAGCCCCGCAACAGCACUUCACGGCGCGACAGUACUCCCGCCGGGACCCCUCGCGGGGGGGCGAGCGGAAGCCCACAUACAAAUGGCACGCCGAUGCAGAGCCCAAGCAUGGUGACGAGGCAGCCGAUGGUAGAUCAUAAGGGGAAGGUUAAGACGACCCUGAAUGCUGCGACUUGGCAUAGCACAGGGGUUAUUAACAAUAUCCCGCUUGUGAAUCAGCGGAAUGACUUGAAUAGCGGCGAGGGUAGUGAUAGGGAGGGAAAGCGCUUCCCAAAUAGACACAUGCUAGCAAAGAGCACAUUUGAUCAGAAGCAGAAGAUGGUAGAGGCACUAGAUAACGCCCGGGCAGCGGAAUUGGCACUUCGUGAGAUUCUAGGAAGCAUCAGGGCUGCUGUCGCAACGGUUCAACCACACGAGUCGCCGUUCGACUUCGACCCUCUUUCCCUUGACUUCCCGACACUCUGCCUUACCUGCCUCCCUCCGCCCCCAACAAUCAACCAGCUCACACCGCUCUCCUCCGUCUCGACCUCCUGGACCAUCACACCUCCCGUCGAACCCCAAUACGACUCCCUAACGAACUUCUUCCGCGAUGCCUUCCACCACACCAGAGUCACCCGUGCCAUAAACAACGCCAAACCCCCCCACCCCGACGACGUCCUCUACGCCCACCACGCCAGCCCCGCCAUGCAAGCCUCUCUCAACGCCAGCGCCCAAGAAUUCGAAGACAAAGUAAACGCCCACGUCCACGCCUCCUUCUCCUUCUGGAUGUCCCUCCCGCCGCCCAACCGCGCCGAGCUCUGGAAACUCGAGCUCGCCCGCGCCGUGGGGCAGAAGGACCAGCAAAUCACCUCGCUCAACGAGAAGCUCGAGGCUAGCGCACAGGAGAACCAGCAUCUGCACCAGCAGGUCGAGUAUCUCAGUCGCUGCCAGCAGCCUCGCGAGUUCCAGAUGCGGCCACCGAGCACAAUGCACAUCAGCAAGCGCACGGCUGUCGAGUUGGCUGAGAUGGGACUGCGCGGCGGCUCUGUCGGAUGGAGUCUCAGCGAUCCGGACGAGAACCUGCAGAAGCGUAUUGAGUCUGCCGUUGGCCGCUGGCGCGAGGUCGUGCGUAGCAGUCGCGGUGGGGGGAUGCAGGGGCAACGCAGCUUGAGUGGCCAGCUGCAGAAUGGGCCGCCAGAUGGGGCGGGCGACGAUAUGGACGUUGAUGCUGAUGGCGAUGCGGAUGCGGAUGCGGAUGCUGACGCGGAUGAAGAGCACUACGCCGGUGCGCAGAUCCAGGAGCAGCUAUCACAGGGGUCGUCGCGAGCACCGGAGGCGCCGAUGGGCGCGUAUUCACAUAACCCUGGCGCGGUGAGAAAUGGUGGGGGAAUGCAGAUGCAGGGUGGUAAUGGAGGGAUGCAGAUGCAGCAGGGGAAUAAUGGGGGCAUGCAGAUGCAACAGGGCUCUCAUGGGGGUGCUGGACAUGAGAAUGCGAAUGGGGGUGUGGGGAGGCGACAGGGGAAUAUGAUUGCGGCGCAGAAUGGACGUGCUGGGGGGAGAACGUACCCGCCAUACUGAGGCGCCUCCGCUAGCUGUCGGUUCGAAGCACUUUGAAACAAGGGGGAGUAAGAUAGAGGAAGAGUACUUCCGGCGAAGGCUUUUGAACAUAUAUACCAGGACGGGAGUUUUCUUGGCAUUGUUUCCUUAAUUUUGGCCGGUUGAAAACAAGCGGGUUAGGGUUUUUGUAUAUCAGUGUGUUUUAUUAACUUUUCGCAUCUUUGGGCGAUGGGCUUUUUGCGGGAUAUAAAAUAGGACGCAAGGAGGAUGGGAUUGAUUGGGCGAUAACAGUCAGAUCUCAACAGUCGAUCGGAGGGUUGAGUGCUGGCUUUAUAUAGUACAGUACAGUAUAAAUACCUAAUACACCCAUAUUACAUAUU